CACCUUAGAGAGAGACAGAGAGAGAAAGAUGGAGGCGCUUCUAAAACCAGCUUGUGCAAGUUUUUCUUUCCGAAAGUACUCGUCUAACGAAAGAGUUUACUUGAGAAGGGACGACUCACUAUGCUUCACUAUUAGAAGAAGUUAUCUACAUGAUAUUGGUAGGAAAUGUAAUGUCAAGCAAAGCUCUAAACUGUCAGCAUUAGCUGACAAUCAAGGAGGACACAUCGAGAAGCUUCCCAAUGAAAAAUAUGCGUUAGAGAAUAAUGAGCUUUCAUUGAAACAUGGCGAUGAUGGUGGUUAUGCUAGCCUUUUGCAUAAAUUAGAAACAUUCUAUCACUUUUGCCGGCCGUAUGCCAUGAUGGGAAUUGAUAUUGGGAUAUUAUCAAUUUCACUUCUGCCAAUACAAUCAAUUGCUGAUCUUUCACCAAGAUUUUUCAUGGGAUUGCUACAGGCAUUGGCACUGGGAUCAUUGACUCACAUCUAUGUUGUCGCAGUGAAUCAACUGUUUGAUGUCAAAAUCGAUGAGGUUAAUAAGCAAUAUCUUCCAUUAGCUUCUGGAGAGUUUUCAAGUAGAGAUGUCCAGGCCAUCUGUUUGAUGGUAGCCAUGCUGAGCAUUGGCAUUGUACAUGUGUCUAAAUCUCCGGCACUUCUAUGGGGCCUAGUUGCCAACUAUCUAUUUGGAACAGCAUAUUCUGCCCAACUUCCCUUCCUUAGAUGGAAAAGACAUCCUUUACUUGCCAUGUCAACCAUGGUGCUCUGGUGUGCUCUUGGCGUUCAAAUCCCCCAUUUCAUACAUAUCCAGAAAUAUGUACUUGGGAGACCAAACCUUAUUACAAAGUCCUUGAUAUUUCAAACAAUAAUGUUGUGUACGUUUUGCAUUUCUGGAAUGAUAUUAAAGGACAUCCCAGACACGGAUGGAGAUAGAGAAAAUGGCAUUGACACCCUCAGCAUUCGAUUUGGCAGAGAAAGAGCAUUUGCUCUUGGUGUUAAUGUUCUAUAUGCACAGUUUGGUCUUGCUAUGGCACUAGGAGCUUCAUCAUCACUUUGGUUUGGCAAGCUUAUAUCAGUACUGGGUCACCUUGCACUUGCUUUAGUUGUUUGGUAUCGUUCUCGACACAUUGACCCCACAAAUAAUUCAUCAGCACAGUCCUUUUAUAUGUUCUUUUGGAAGCUAGUGUGUGUUGAGUACCUCCUUAUCCAGUUUGUUCGUUGAGAAGAACGUCCAAUGGACAGAAGAGCCAGAUAAGCAGAGGAGUUCACAAAUGUGCUCAAUAAGACCAAUAAACUAUUUUCUUAUAAUGUUUGUUUUACUUUUGGUAAAUGUUAAUGUACUAUGGAUAUUUAUGGUAAUGAUAAUAGUUAUAAUCAUAAUAGAAUAAUUUAGUCGACUUUCUCCCAAAA